AUGGCAACAACCCGCAAAACAGCAAAAUCCCUCGGCCACAGGGGAACAAUCCAAGGCUUGACGAUCUCAAAUGACCAAAAUCAAGAUCUAUGCACUUAUUACGGCGGUGUCCGAUAUGCAAUCAAACCAUCCGAACGCUGGCGCCGCGCUAAGCCUUUGCCAAAGACAUAUACCUACGGCACCACAGAGAAUCCAGCCGAUUGCACCACUGGCGCGGGUCUAUGUCCCCAACCCGGCUUCUUGAAUCUGUCACCUGAAACCCCCGAGAUCUGGGAUGAGGAUUGUUUCCAGUGUAAUGUUUGGGUUCCGCUUGGGGAUGUGCCUGAGGGGGGCUGGCCUGUUUUUGUUUUUCUUCAUGGUGGCUGGCUCCAAUUCGGAACUCCCAAUUCCUUCAAUGCUGCAGCUUUGAUUGGCGAGACGGAUUUCAAGUGUGUGGUAGUUAUGCCUGCGUAUCGGGUGAAUCUCUUUGGAUUCUUGUAUUCCGUUGAGCUGGAGGCUGAUGCCGCUUCUGUUGGGGAGUCUGUUGGUAACCAUGGAUUCUGGGAUCAGAGGUUGGCGCUUGAAUGGACGCGUGAAAAUGUCGGUCUGUUUGGGGGUGAUUCGGGGAAUAUUACUAUUAGUGGCUAUAGUGCUGGCGCCAACUCGGUCUUCCACCAACUAGCCUACGACCUCCGCCAACCAGAUUCAAAUUCCCUAGUCCGAAACGCCUGCAUCUGGUCCAACAGCCCAGCAGUCCAACCCAAACAACCAACAGAGACCCAAAACCAAUUCAACGAACUCCUCACAGCCCUCAACAUCCCCCUCUCCCUCCCACCACGCGAGAAACUCUCCCGCCUCCGCUCCACUCCAGCAAAAACCCUCAUAGACACCACGAAAACACUCGCCCUCUCCCAAUUCCGCCCAACAACAGACGGCACCUUCAUCAGCCCCACUCUUUUCGAAACCCUCGACACCGGAACCUUUGCCUCAAUCCUCCUGUCCCGUAACGUCAAAAUCAUGAUCGGAGAAUGCGCCGACGAACACUUCCUCUACAACACCUGGUUCCCACCAAAAGCCAACACCCUUUCUGCACUGCGCACCCGUCUUAUCGCCGAUUACCCGGAACACAUCGUCGACGCCCUCAUUGCCAUGUACUACCCCGACGGGAAACUACCAUCCCACUGCCAGAAUUGGGAUGUAGAUGCUUGGGGAAGAUGUUAUGCCGAUAUGCAGGUCCACAAGAUCCAGCGCGGGUUCUUGUAUGCGCUCACGAGUAAUAGUGCUGGCGUUGAUGCGUCGGGCUUGUUGUAUCGGUAUCGCAUUGAGUGGAGGGCCAAGUGUGUUGCGCUUGGGAUUCCGGUUGAAUGGGGUGUGACGCAUUCGUCGGAUUAUCCGAUUUGGUUUUAUGGGAAUGGGAAGGGGCUGGAGGAGGAGGAGAAGGGGGUUGUUGGGCGGGCGUUCAUUGGGCCCUUGGGUUCUUUUGUUCAGAGGGAUGUUGGUGGUGGUGAGUUUGGGUGGGGAACGCGUGGGCCGAGAAGUAUUCGGACGCUUAAGGAAAAUGGGAACGUUGAUAUUGUGAAGGAUGAGGGUUGGGAGGAUGGUGUUAGGGUUUGGAGGAACUUGAGGGAUGCUGACAAAGGGCAGGCGGAACUGUAG